AUCUUUCCGGUUUCUAUAAACAACAUGGCUGCACACGGAAGCUAUCGGGACAACAAUCAGAAUCAUGUCCUGAGCUGAGCCGUCAGUCAGCAAGUACGAACACUGUUAGGACAUAACGGUCUCAUGAGGUAAUGAAAGAUACGCCAUGAAAGGGGGCCAAUACAAGAUGUUUCAAGAAUUCUCUUCCCCUGCUCAACAUGGCCGCCCGUUUAGGAAGACGAAUCGGAUGGUUUACCUGGUGGUGGCCAUCCUCCUCAUUGGCGUCAUGCUCACAAUGCUCAACAUCUACGAGUUGCACAAGAUGAGGCUGGACCAUGAAAGACAUCAUGAUGCUCUUGUGAAGAUACCAGAGACGGAGGCCAAGGGCAGUGAUCAAACUUACCCUCUGAACGCUGCCCCUAUUGUGUGGCUUCAGGGCAGUCCAAAGUCUAAGAACAACGGCCCCACAGGAUAUCUGAAACACGUCUUUAGAGUUUUUGAAAAGAUUGGGUUUUCUAUCGGUGAGAGACUGUCUGAUUGGCUGGUUAUGUGGAGCCAUGACUACCCAUUUGUUACGUAUUCGAAAGAUCUGAAGAACUUGAAGCCAUAUCAGAAGGUAAACCAUUUCCCUGGCUCAGGCUUUGUCACAAACAAAGCCAGUCUGGCUCAGUCCAAGCUGGAUUUUAUACCAAAAGCAUUUGAGAUACCAGCAAAGAAAAAAGAAUUUCUAGAGUAUGCAGGCAAACACAAAAACACGAGCUGGGUACAAAAGAGUAACAAACACAGAGGUAUUCGGAUCAAGAAAGUGGAGGAGCUCGAUUUCUCCAAAGAUGGAACAUUCAUCCAAGAGUAUGUCUCUAAUCCGUUGCUGAUCGAUGGCAGGAAGUUUGACAUUGGUAUCUACACAGUCCUCACUUCCAUCAGCCCUCUCAGAGUGUAUUUUAUUGGAGGAGAUGCAUUGUUCAGGUUUUGUCCCCUGGAGUAUUUUCCUUUUGAUGAUUCGAUCCCUGACAAGUAUGUCAUAGGUGAUGACUACCUACCCCUGUGGAAGGUGGCAUCAUUAGAGGAAUUCUUUGUGAAGAAUGGCUACACAUUCAAAAAUUCUUUUGAUGCAUAUUUGAGGUCCAUUGGAAAAGACCCUUUCAAGCUGUGGGAAAAGAUGUACUCUGCUAUUCGACAAGUGUUCUUGAUGAAGGAGAAAGACCUGAUCAAGGCUUCCCUCAGGUAUACUUCGAGAAGAAAUUUUUUUGAGAUGGUUCGUUUUGAUUUUGUCGUAGAUGAUCGUCUGAAUGUUUUCUUAAUGGAAGCAAACAUGUCACCUAAUCUUUCUUCUGACCAUUUCCCCCCAAAUGCCAGACUGUAUGAGCAUGUGUUGUACAACCUGUUCGGUCUUGUUGGGGUCACACACUACACCUCUUCCUCGAGCAAAAAGAAAAUGGCUUAUCAAGACCCGGCUUUAGUCUCCUCGGCAGACAUUCACGUCUUUCCCGAUUUUUGUCAUGGAGAUGACUGCUCAAACAACUGCUCUAAGUUCAAAUGUAAGCUUUGUCGGGGAUGUAUAACAAGAGAUUUUGAAAUUGAUCUAAAGUUAGCUUUUUUGGAGCAUCAACGUAGGGGGUCGGCCCGAAGGGUUUUCCCUCCCCCAAUGAAUCAGUCUGAGGCUUUAGCAUGGACUCCCGACUCCACCGUUCUUGAUAAGUACAAUGGCUCUAACAGACUGAUGUUCAUGUGGUUUAUUGGAAAAUGCAGACUGGAUGUGGGCUGGUGUCACUAAUUUCUAAAGAGAGCAUUCACCACAGUAAACAUCAUACCUAAUGAAGGGUGCACACAGUUUGAUUCAUCAAAGAUGGAGAAGCUAAAACGUCCUGUGAAAUUGUUUACUGUUGAAUGUCAGUCAAAGGGAGGAGCGACCCUUGAUUUUCCAGAUUUUGGGUCAGGCUAUGCAAAUUUUAUGUUGCCUGAUUUUUGAAGAUCAAC